AUGUAGGAUAUUAAUCAGAGGACUAAAACCAGUAUUGCAUUGUUGUAUGAUGAAGUAUCUGAAAAUGCAUAUGACAUCCGACUGAAGCUUACAAAAGAGGUAUUAACUAUUCAAAAACAAGAUGUCAUCUGUGUUAGUGGAAGUGAUCACAGUGCCAAUCACAGAACUGUUACACUUCGUCGACAACCAGUUGGUGGCUUGGGCUUAAGCAUAAAGGGUGGUGCUGAGCACAAAGUACCUGUCGUCGUAUCAAAAAUAUUUAAGGACCAAGCAGCUGACCAAACAGGAAUGCUAUUUAUAGGAGAUGCAAUAAUACAGGUUAAUGGUAUAAAUGUAGAAAGUGCUACUCAUGAAGAAGUGGUACACCUACUGCGAAAUGCUGGCGAUGAAGUUACCAUCACUGUUCAGUACCUCAGGGAAGCUCCAUCAUUUUUAAAGCUCCCAUUAGGUUCCCCUGGACCAUCCAGUGAUCAUAGCAGUGGAGCUUCGUCACCUCUCUUUGACAGUGGCUUACAUUUAAAUGGAAACUCAACUAACACUGCUCCAUCAUCACCUUCUUCUCCCAUAGCUAAUGAACCAAAAUACGAGAAGCGCUGGCUGGACACCUUAUCAGUUCCUCUGUCAAUGGCUCGAAUCUCAAGGUACAAAGCUGGAACAGAUAAAUUAAGAUCUAAUGCAUUUGAAGUGCUGGCACUCGAUGGAGUUAGUACUGGGAUACUUCAGUUUUAUACAGCCCAGGAGAGUGCUGACUGGCUGAGAGCAAUAUCAACUAACAUCAGUGAUUUGACACUUCAAAAUAUGAAAAUGGCAAAUAAGUGCUGUUCUCCCUCAGACCAGGUCAUACAUAUGGGAUGGGUAAAUGAGAGACUUGAAGGAACUGAUUCAUCUCAGCUCUACAAAUCCAAGUUUCUGGCACUGAAAGGCUCAUCCUUCUACAUUUUCAGCACUCCUCCGGUAAGCACAUUAGACUGGGUACGAGCUGAAAAAAUAUAUAACCUCUGUGAGGUGCUAUUUAAAAUUCACAAGCUCUGGCUUGCUGAUGAUUGCUGGCUACAAGCAAACUUGUAUUUAGGUAUUCAUCAGGACUUUGAUCUUGAGGACCAGAGGCCGUAUUGUUUCAGUGUUAUGGUUGGACAUGGCAAGAGUCAUUAUUUCAAUGUAGAGCUGGCCAGUGAGUUGGCAGUGUGGGAGAAGGCAUUUCAAAGAGCAAUUUUCAUGGAAGUUCAAAGAACAGGGUCUAAAACUUAUAUGUGCAGCUGGCAAGGGGAUGCUCUCUGUUUCACAGUCGACUUUGCUCUGGGAUUUACCUGUUUUGACAGUAAAACAAAGAAUGUACUGUGGAGGUUUAAAUUCUCUCAGCUCAAAGGCUCUUCAGAUGAUGGAAAAACAAGAGUAAAGCUGCUUUUUCAGAAUCUAGACACCAGACAAAUUGAGACAAAGGAACUUGAAUUUCAGGAUCUGACAGCAGUUUUACACUGUAUUCACUCCUUUAUAGCAGCAAAAGUGGCAUCUGUGGAUCCGCUAUUCAUAGACAGUCAGAGUAUUGCAAGAAAAUACAUGUACAGUAACUGA